AAGGGUCUUGAGUCAAGCUGAGUUGUGCAACGGAACUACUACUGCUGUACAGAGGCUAUUGUCAACAGGACCGAGAAAAUCGCUCAGAAACAUGUACAGUAUCUCGCCCGAGUUGCCGUUGCUGGGAGUCUCCAAGUGACGGUCGACGUGGUACUAAAAAGGUGUCACUCGCGCUUCAAUUGUUGGAACCACCAACCUCGACAAUUUGAAGAGAGAACAUUGACGAUAGUAAACCCCGAAUCGCCGAAUCCGAAAAGCCGCACACUACAGUCUCUCGGAGGAGUCAAGGGUAAUGACGUUGUAACAUCGGCAUGACCCUACGUCUAGGCAAAUCGAAAUCCAUCUAAUAUACAGGUCAGAAUUCCUACGUCCUGCGGAAAUCAUAUAAAUAGGCCCAGUUUCUUUGCCGCUUCACUAUGUCUAGACUGACCUUGAACCUAAACGACGGUAACAAGAUCCCAUGGCUGGGAUUCGGCACUGGUACUGCAUUGUUAAGGAAGGAGGUUAAGGACGAAGUCCUCGAAGCCAUCGCCCAUGGUAUCACACAUCUCGACGGUGCUCAGAUCUACGGCAAUGAAGAAUCUAUUGGGGAUGCCGUAGUUGAAUCUGGGGUACCUCGUUCUUCGCUCUUCAUCACUACGAAGCUAUGGGAAGUACCGGCAGGCAAGACCGUACGAGAUACGUUGGUGGAAUCACUUCGAAAGCUUAAAGUCGACUACGUCGACCUAUUCCUUAUUCACACCGCUCGACAACACCCGGAUCUGAAGUCCGUGUGGAAACAGCUCGAGGACUUGAAGAAAGAGGGCCUCGCGAAGAGCAUUGGCGUAUCGAAUUUCCGCAUCAAAGAUCUCGAGGCCAUUCUUCCUGACGCGGAGAUCUUGCCUUCCGUCAACCAGAUCGAGUACCACCCCUACGUUAUCAAGGCUACCAAGCUUCUCCUUGAAUUCCUUAAGAAGCACGAUAUCAUGCCGACCUCUUAUGGAGGCAUUACCCCUCUCAAUCGAUUUAAAGGAGGCCCAGUGGACCCUGUCCUAGAUAAAAUAGCAAAGAGAUUGGGCGAGACGCGAGGCAGACCUGUUACUCCCGGGCAGGUCCUACAGGUCUGGCUCCGUCAGCAAGGUAUACCCGCGAUUACAACGACUUCUAAAGCCGAGCGACUUCUUGAAUACCUGGAUGUCGAGACCAUCCCCGAUCUCACCCCGGAAGAAAUCAAAGAGAUUGAGGAAGAAGGUUCGAAGGUGCACCACCAAGUAUUUGCGCAGUGGCUCAGUGAAGAUAAUUAGAUUUCUGGUACAUGUAGCGGGUGUGUAACGGAUGAACCUUAGGUGUACUACUAGUCUGUAACAAUCAUGGGGUGGAAAGUUUCCAAGCAUGCAAUCAAUAUUAUGUUC